GGCCACUGGGGGUCCAAGAGCUUUGGGGCCUGCGCUGGGGCGGGAGCGGCGCGGAGUGGGAGGAGAGAGCUCCUUCCUAUGUGCCCUGGAGCAUUGAUUGAGCUCCUGCGGUGUGCAGGACCCUACGCUUGAGCUCGUUGGCCCGCUACCCCUUGCGAGGAUCUCUCAGGCUGCGGCGUUGAGAAGUCUGGUCGGAGAAAAGGGAUGUGUAGCGGGAAAGUUGAACUUCCAGGGCCCCGGUGGGUUCUUUCCUGGAAGGACUUACUGAUCUACUGUAUAAAAAGCCCCCAUCCCUCCCCCAAUAAUUCACAAUCAAGAUUGGGAAGGGGGGAAUGUAGACGAGGAAAGUACAAAUUUUAGGUCUCUCAGGCUACCUUCUAUAGGGACAUUUACUAGGUACCUACUUUGUGUAAGCUUUACACCAGGCACUGGGCCGCGCCCAGGGGAGUUCUCUGUUUGGAGUGGGGCUGUAAACAAGGAAAAAUUGAGCUCCCAGGCCCCUGGUUGACAACUUCCAGGAAGAUCCUUUCUUGAAUGGCUGAUGGGUACAGGGCGCUGGCAACUCAAAAGUUAGUGAGCAAGUUGGAAUAGGUAAUUAAGGAAAGUUUAGCUCGUGGGCUUUUAGCGAUUUAUUUAUUUAAGGAGCAUUUAUUGGACACUAGCUGAAAACAGUCCUGUGUUUUGUUGCUGUGCUGGGUCCUGUGCUGGGCUGCGUUAUUGUGGGAAUUCACAAUCUAAUAGAAGAGUUGAUCUGUUGGGAGAAGCGGAAUGUGCACAGGGACAGUUAAACUCCCAGGGCCUCACUUCCUGGAAGGAGCAUUAUUCAUUCACUGAAUAUCUCCUGGGUGCCUGUUGUGUGUUGAGCAUUGUUCUUGGCAAUGGAAAUACAUCAGUGAUGAACAGACUAAAAUCCCUGUCUUCUUGGAGCUUAAUAUGAGCAGCUUUUGUGUGCCAGGCUGUAAGCUGAACUCCACCUGUCCUCUGGCACUGAGAUAGAGACGGUGGGGGUUGGAUUCUGAAAAUUAGCUCCUAGGCCUGGGAGGGGGCAGUUAUUUGCUGAAGACUUUGAGCGCCUUCUGUGUGAAGGGGCCUGGGUUGGGUUGAGUUCACACAUGGAGAAGGGGAGAUGGGGCACAUAGAGGGAAGUUCAAAAGUUAAAAUCCCUGCCCCUGGUCGGUGGUUUUGUGGAUGACCCUGCAAUGAAUCAGACCUGCCCUGUCUGCAAUUUCAGUCCAGAGAGGAGCAGAGACUCUAUCCCAACUUCAUGAUAUUUGUUAUGAUAGAGGUGACACAGGAUAUUCUAGGAACCCUGAGGAGGAAGAAGUGGCCACCACCCUGAGGUUAGAGACACAUUGUCAGAGAAGGCUUCACAAAGGAAAUGCUGGAUAGGAGUUUGCUAGACAAGAAGAUGAGAGGAAUUCCUUGGCAGAAGGAAUAGCAGCAUCAAAGACUUAGGGUCCAAAACAGCAUUUCUGAAGAACUACAAGUAACGGUUCUUUCUAACCUUUAUCAAGUACCAGGGACGGACUUUGUGGUCAGUACUUCUUUUAGCCCCAUUUCACAGAUGCCUGGCCACCAUGGGGUGCAUGUCGGCUGCAGUGUCUCAGGUUCAUUGAAGACUGAGGCAUAAACAUUGGAUCCAGAUUCCCUGAUUGAUAGAGGCUGGCACUGUCUUCCCCACGAUGACAGAGGUGGUAGCUGAGGUGGCCGAGAUGCCAACACAGAUGUUGCCAGGGGCAAUGGAGAUGUCAACACCAGUGUUAGGGGAGAUGACAGAGAUGUCAACAGAGGUGACUGAGAUGACACCUGGGGAGGCUCUUGCCUCAUCUCUUUUCUUCCAGCACCACCAGUUCAUGUGCUCUGAGUGUGGCAGCCUCUACAACACACUGGAGGAAGUCCUCUCACACCAGGAGCAGCAUGUGCCCAUUGUCACAGAGGAGGAGGCACUGACCACCCAGGAUGCUGGCCUGGAUCCGGAGCUAGUGCCAGGCACUGAAAAUGGGCCUUUCCAAUGUGGUGAGUGCAGCCAGCUCAUCCUCUCCCCCAGUGAGCUCCUGGCUCACCAGGAUGCCCACCUCCGGGAGUCUGCAAGCCAGAUCCAGUACCAGUGUGGGGACUGCCAGGAGCUCUUCCCCUCGCCUGAGCUGUGGGUGGCUCAUCGCAAGGCCCAGCACCUUUCUGCUGCAGCAGCUGAACCACCAGUGCCGCCGCCUCUGCCUCCCCCGACGCCACCACUGCCACCCACUGCUCCACUCGAAGUCAAGAUGGAGCCCUAUGAGUGUCCUGAGUGCUCUACCCUCUGUGCCACCCCUGAGGAGUUCUUGGAGCAUCAAGGCACCCACUUUGACUCCCUAGAGAAAGAAGAGCGCAACGGGCUAGAGGAGGAGGAAGAUGAAGAGGAAGAUGAAGAUGAUGAUGAAGAGACAGAGGAGGAGGAGGCAGCAGAAGAGGAUGGUAGUGAUGCUAUGGGAGGCGACAAGUCCACAGCCAGCAGGGCCCAGGGCUGUGGGGAUUGUCCCCAACACUGGACCUCAGCAGGGGCGCGCCGGCGACACAGGCGGGCAUCCCGGGGCCCAGCAUCAGCGGCCCACCCCUUCCACUGCAGCCAGUGCCAGCGCAGCUUCAGCUCAGCAAACCGUCUGCUGGCUCAUGGGCGGGCCCAUGUUGGUGGCACACACGAGUGUACAACCUGCUCCAAGGUCUUCAAGAAAGCAGCCUCACUGGAGCAGCACCUGCGGCUGCACCGCGGUGAAGCCCGCUACCUCUGCGUGGACUGUGGCCGUGGCUUCAGCACAGAACUCACGUUGGUGGCCCACCGGCGGGCCCACACUGCCAACCCAUUGCAUCGCUGCCGCUGUGGUAAAACAUUCAGCAACAUGACCAAGUUCCUCUAUCACCGGCGCACCCAUGCUGGCAAGAGUGGGGCGCCCCCUGCAGCAGCAGCCUCCCCAGCUCCAGCUGAGCCCACACCCCCACCACCGCCCCCUGCCCCACCUGCCCAGCUGCCUUGCCCACAGUGCUCAAAGUCCUUUGCCUCGGCCUCCCGGCUCUCCCGGCACCGGCGCGCGGUCCAUGGGCCCCCUGAGCGGCGGCACCGCUGCGGUGUUUGCGGCAAGGGCUUCAAGAAGCUGGUCCAUGUGCGCAACCACCUGCGGACGCACACCGGCGAGAGGCCCUUCCAGUGCCACUCAUGUGGCAAGACCUUUGCUUCUCUGGCCAAUCUCAGCCGCCACCAGCUGACCCACACAGGCGUGCGGCCCUACCAAUGUCUGGACUGUGGCAAGCGCUUCACACAGAGCUCCAACCUGCAGCAACACCGGAGGCUGCACCUGCGGCCAGUCGCCUUCGCCCGCGCACCCCGCCUCCCCAUCACCGGUCUCUACAACAAGAGCCCCUACUACUGCGGGACCUGCGGCCGCUGGUUCCGCGCCAUGGCAGGCCUGCGGCUGCAUCAGCGGGUCCAUGCCCGAGCACGGACAAUGACGCUGCAGCCACCCAGAUCACCGCCUCCCGCCCCGCCCCCCGAGCCUCAGCAGACUAUCAUGUGCACAGAGCUCGGGGAGACCAUCGCCAUCAUUGAGACAUCCCAGCCACUGGCACUUGAAGACACACUGCAGCUGUGCCAGGCAGCGCUGGGGGCCAGUGAAGCAAGCGGGCUGUUGCAGUUGGACACGGCCUUUGUGUGACCCAGCUGAAGAGCAACAAUAAAAGAGUUUGGUUGCAACAGCAAGUGUGGGCACCUCUGGGGAAAAGGGGGACUGCUCCAUGGCAAGCCUCUCUGGUGCCCACCGGGUGCCAGGAUCCACCCUGGCCUCUUACCCACUGACUCCUCAGAACAGUUUCUCUUGUCAUCUUUCUCUGCCUGAGGGGAAACAGAAGCUCUGAGAUGCAGUAUGAUCUGUCCCAGGUCACCCCGCUGCAUUGCAAAAGUGGGGUUUGCCAAGCCUCUUUGCUCUCAUCACCUUGGUCCCCAGCAACAUCAGGUAACCUUUCCUGAGCCCUGACCGUGUGCCAGGUCUUUGCUGGGCAUUGUCACAUACCUCUUCAAGUCCUUGCUUGUCCCCCGGCCCUAGCCUUCCCUGGACUCUGGGCACCCAGGACUCGGCUCUCCCUGGUGGAGGAGGGCACUUGACUUCUCUGGGCUUCCUUAAUCUCACUUUUGACAAUGUGGAAGGAAAGCUAUAGGUACCCAGGUGCUCGGCUGCAGAGUGGGUGAUGCUGGAGACCGAGGAAUGAGUCAAACACCAGCUCUGCCCCAGAAGGCACGCAGUGGGGUAGGAGGAACACAAGUAUAGAUGGCCUUGCUCUCUAGUGUGUCUUGUUGAUUCAUUCACCCUGGGUGUCCUACGGCCUCCCUCACAUGUGCUGGGUGAUGCUGGAGGCCAGAGAUGUCAGGCCUCUGCCCUGACCCUCGGGGGAGAGACAGAUCUCAGCCCCAGAUCCUCAGGGCUGUGAUGGGGACGUGCAGGGUCAGCGGGAUCCUAGAGCAGGGUACAGACCUCUGGUGGGAGAUCAGGAGUCAAGAGACUUCCUAGAGGAGGUAGUCCUUGAAGAAAAAGUAGGAAUCUGCUAGUGGAAGAGGAAGAGAACAUUCCAGGCAGACAGCAGUGCAAGGAGGGUGUGUUCUUGGUAUACUUGGAGACUGUCCAGUUAUUCACAACUACAGUGACAACAGUGACAGUCUGACUGCCUAGCUGUGGCAGGCACCACAGUUAGCACUAUACAUGUAUUAUGAUCCCAGCCAGCCUAUGAGAUGACCUCAGUAUUAUCCCUGUUGUACAGCUGAGAAAACAGAGACAGAGACUCACCCAGGGUCUCAGAGCUAGACAGUGGCAUUGCUGAGAUUUGAAUCUAGACUUCAGCCAUGUCUGUAACCAGUGCUGUUGAGUACUUCUUCCCUGAAACCCAUGCAGGGGCCCGGGGCUCAUGGAAGGAUUCAUAAUAACUGGAGGAAGUGAGCUGGUGUCACAGUUGGCGUUUGAUGGGGCCACAAAGGAUCAGAGGUCUUGAGGACAGGAAGGGAUCCCCAACCUUUCCAAAGGUUACCUGGGGUAACAAUCCUUCCCUCUAAAAGGGGGAAGCAGGUGAUUUAUGGCAGGUCCAGGGGGCCUGAGGCAGAACAAGGCUGGGCAGAGGAGAGGCGAUGAGGCAGGGAAGGAGGGAGGCCUAGACAGCCAGGUUAAGAAGUUGGGGCAGGGGCCGGCCCCGUGGCUUAGCAGUUAAGUGCGCGCGCUCUGCUGCUGGCGGCCUGGGUGCAGAUCCCGGGCACACACCGACACACCGCUUCUCCCGCCAUGCUGAGGCGACAUCCCACAUACAGCAACUAGAAUGAUGUGCAACUGUGACAUACAACUAUCUACUGGGGCUUUGGGGAAAAAAAGGAGGAGGAUCGGCAAUAGAUGUUAGCUCAGAGCCGGUCUUCCUCAGCAAAAAGAGGAGGAUUAGCACGGAUGUUAGCUCAAGGCUGAUCUUCCUCACAAAAAAAAAAAAAAAAAAGUUGGGGCAGUGCUGGAGAGAAGGGAAGGGAGAGUCAUAAGUGGGGAUUAGGGCUCCCUGGCAUCAGGGUGGGGUGAGGGGGAGGCUAAAGAUAGUCCAGGAGGG